AACUAUUCUCCUCUGGUUCCUUUAUUAUACCUUCUAUUUCAUAAUGAAAAAGAGAAAAAGGGGAAGCAGAGAUAGAAGAAGAAAGGAGCGUGUUAAGACAAAAGAUAAGGUAAUAAUUAUAAAGGGCAAAUUAUUAAAGCCAAAGAGAGGCCGGUACUUUCUUUCAAUUUUCUUUUCCUUUCCACUACAAAAGUUUGAUUAGUAUAACCUUCCAUAUUUCCAUAAUUUUGGCUCCUCCAUUCCCUUUUGGUCGCUAUAAUUAAAGUACUAAUAAUCCCAUCACCAAAAAAUUAAAAAGUAUUCCAAAUCCAAAAUCCCACCCCAAAUAUAUAUUGCUUGUUUUGUCUCCUUAUCAACACAAACAAAAUAAGCCUACCUACUCCUCUAUCUCUCUCUCUCUCUCCCUCUAUUCCAAUAUGCUGUUCAUGAGAAAGUCCCUUUCCUCCACCAAGAAGUUCUUCCACAGAACCUUUGGUAGUUUGAAGUGCCUCUUCACCGGAGGGUCCUACGAAAAGCUACCCAAAUCCCCUCCCUGCAAUCUAUUCUCCGGCAAUUCUACUGCCGCCACAACCGCCGCCGCUACCAGUGUCCUCCAAUGGGAUGCCGCCAGCUGUACCAAAAGGAGAGAGAAAAAAUCAGACGGUGAUGAUCAUCAUAUAAUUAGUACUGCUACUACUACUACAAGGAGUGCUAAUUGUCCAGUGGAGCAGAAGAAAAAUGAUCAAGCGUAUCCUAGAAAGGUGAUGAUGAUGAGUAAUAACAAAAAGUUGGGAGAUUAUUGUAGUAAAAAUAAAUAUUGUUUGGUGGAGGAGAAGCUGAAAGAGCUAGAGAUGUUGGACGUGAGCAAUGUGGACCAUGUUUUGGACAUAGAAGAGGUUCUUCAUUACUAUUCUCGUCUCACUUGCCCGGCUUACCUUGAAAUCAUUGACAAGUUUUUCGUUGACAUGUUCGCCGAGUUGUUUGCCUCCUCCACGCCGGCCCACCGCCCCAACUCCAACUCCAACUCCAGGUUCCGAUCACAAUCCUCAAUGAUCAGAUCCUAGAAUACUCUCUACAUUAUUUUCCCAAAAAGGAUAAAUCUUGAUUUAAUUUGAUUGUUUAUUAAUUAGUAACUUAAUGUUUAUGCUUAUAUAUUUGAAUUGAAGUGCUCUCUUCUUUUAAUUUGAUUCUUUCCCCUUAUUCUUGGUUUGUAAUUAGACUGUGAAUGAUUUUUUUUUUUCCGAAUAAAAAAGUUACAGGCUUAGAGUCUUAGAGAUU